UCCAGCUCAGUCGUCACAGGCGGCCAGGUAAAGCGACAGCUAUUUCAGCGUGCGUCAGCGACGUCGUGCGCGCGAACAUUACGCACGUCUCCGGUGUGCAGCAGGUGUAACCCUGUGGACACACCCACAAGGCAAACUCCUGUCAGGCAGAAAGUGCAGCCUGUCAGUCGCAGAAGGGCACCGCAGAGGGAACGUCAGCAGCCUCCCGAGUUCCAGAGAACCAAAGAGGACUUCACUGCUUCUUUGGGAAAACUACGACAGCUGAUAGAAGCCAAAGUUCACAUCCUACAAUCCCCCAUCACUGAGGAGCAACAGGGUUUGGUGUCUGAGGACAACGCAGGAAGAGGAGGAUUGUGGAGGUUUGCCUUACUGAGCGAGGAGCUGACCUUUCACCUCCAGCAGCUGCAGAGGCAGACAGAGCAGGAGCUCUGCAACAUACAAACACAUCUCUCUCAGGUUGAAGGCCGCCGUCAGCUGCUGACCACUGAGCUUUGGGAUCUUCAAGAGAAAAAGAAACAAACUGAACAAGAAGUGAAGAGGAACUCCAGCCUUCAGGCAUCCAUUUUUCAGCUGUGUGCUUGUCGCGAGCUCCAAGCCUCCGUCACUGAGCGUUCGCUCCAGUCAGAGAGGCUGGUGUUCCAAGAGGAGGCACUGAGCGCGCUCCGUAACUUGCUGACCCAAGACCUGCAGAGGUACAAGGAAGAGACGCAGAGACUGACCUGUUUCAGACAGAAAAUUUUCAGGUCAGGCGGAAAGGAAACGUUCACCAGUGGACAGAGUCAGCACAGCAUGCAGGGAAAGAACGAGACGGAACAACAGAACAACAUGCACGCACCCAAGUCCUCGUCCUUCCACUCACCACUUAGUCUGCACCAGACCACCAACAAAGAAGAGGCAGAAUACUCAUGGAGGGCCAGUCAAAAGAAACCAUCUGCAGGCCUGUCCCGCAGUUCAAACCUGCAUCGAGCCGGCAGCAUCAAAGACCUGAUCAAUAAAUUCUCUGGUCCGAAUCACGUCUCUUCUUCUGGAUCCCCACAGAGCCCCUCUUCUGGAACAGCAAAAGUUGAAAAGUCUGCUUCCAUAGAAGCUCUCGAGACUCCAAAAUCCAAGUCUUGUCCAUCCACACCAAGCAGCGUCAGCCAAGAGAUUAGUGACGUUCCCGACAUCAAGGAGUCAAGAGACACCCAAACUAGUCAGAUCACUGCAAGAAUUGAUUGUCCAGUAGGAGGCAGCGUGGAGAAGACUGAUUCAAAACCAAGGAGCCAAACUCAAAUCACGGAGUCUGGUAGAGACUCAGUGGCUGACUCCGGCAUGGGAUCGGAGUCUGAAUUUGAUUCAAACAAGCACCCUGACAGCCCAUCAGAGGAGGAACCCUCCACACCACGAGCCGUGACAACCACCCAGAACCCCAAAUAUCAGCUGUUCCUCAACAACGACAUGAGGACCAACGGGGUGAGCGGCAGGGAUGCAGAUGGUCCGGGAGGCGGCGGGUUGGUGGGGGAAAAUGGACCCAGGCUGGCCCGAUGGGAGACCACCCGGCUGGGGAUGAACCACUACAGAGGGUCCCUGGAGUCCCUGACCUCGCGGGACUGGGACAAUAUGUCUGACAGGAUGGGUGUUGUUGACAGCCCUCCCAGAGUGUUCAACAGUCCUUACACCACCACAACCACCUCCAUGGAGUACAACCCCAUGCACCGAAUGUCUGACUUCAAGGGUGGACUCUCUCCUGCCACCUCAGAGAUGAACCUGUACAGCUUCAACAGCCGCAGCACCAGUCCAGUGUGCCUGCCCACGCCUACCCUUGCCUCCCCACGGCACCGAUUCUCCGCCUAUGACAGUCUGGUGAAGAGGAGGACUGAGCUCAACAACCCUGUGGUGUCCACCCACUACAGUAUGCGCUCUGCCACUCUGGGGGGCCCUAAUAAAAAAGACUACAUAGAGGAGUUGACCAAACAGCUGGACACCUGCCAGAAGCGUAACCAGUUCCUGGAGGCAGAAAGUGUGGAGAUGGAGAAGGAGAGGAACCAGAUCAGGUUUGAGAUGCGCGGUCUGCUGGUGAACAACGAAGACCUGCUAAGGACCAACACUCAGCUGACCAAUGAGUUGAAGAGGAUGAGAGAGCAGAUGAUAGAGAUGGAUAGAGAGCAUCAAUCAAUGGCCGAGAAAUACAGAGAGAUGGAGAUUGAGGUGAAGGAUGCCCGGGAGGUGAUGGUGGAGGCCAACACUCAAGAGUACGCCUUCAAUUUUCUCGAGCAGUCCCUCAAAAACAGGAUCCAGGACGCUGAGGAGAACCUGGAGAAGCAGACGCAGCACGCCCAGACUCUGUCUGAGAAGUUGUGGAGGACAGAGAGACAGCUGGAGGAGCUAGAGGUCGACAGAGACACCAGAGACAAGAAGACAUCGGACCUCCACAGCACCAUCCUCAGACUGGAGACAGAGCUGGGUGAUGCCCUGCAGGCGUCCACGCAGGCUUCAGCGGAGCUCAGCCUGCAGCAGAAGCUGCGCGAUGACAGCCAGCAGAGGGUGGACGAGCUGGAGGAGUCUCUGCUGGAGAAGGAGCAGGAGGUGCAGAGACUGCAGGCCCUCGUCAGCAGACUGCAGGGAGAGGUCUCUGGGAAGCUGAUUGACAAGGAGCAGACGCUGGAGGAGGAGAUCCAGCUGAGAGAGAGGAUACAGCUGCAGUGUAAGCAGGCGGAGAGGAUGGUGGAUGACCUCCACAUGGAGCUGCAGACCACCAAACAGGCCAAGGAAGACCUGAUGAAACAAGUCAAACAGGCUCAGGAGAAGAUGAUCGACCUGGAGAGUGAUCUGGAGGAGCUGCACGACAGCGAACAGAGAUGGGCCGCCAAACACAAGAGAGCUAUUGAACAGACUGAGCAGAUACAGCUGAAGCUUCUUCAGGAGAAAGAUCUGAACGAGCUGUUGGAAACUGAAAAGGCCACCAUGGAGAGACAGCUGCGUGAGCUGCGUCUGGAGGUGGAGGAGCUUCAGAGCAAUAGAGUUCAGGAGGACGUCAUCUCCAGGACGGAGAGCAAAGUCAAAGAGCUAGAAAACACUCUGAGGACCGAGGAGAGGAACAAAUCUGUCCUGACAAACACCAUCAGCAAACUGGAGAGGAGGAUCAACGAGCUGAGCGACCAGAUGGAAGAGGAGCACAGGAUAGCUACUGAACAGAAAGACCUGAUGACCCAGAGGAUCCGCUCUCUGAAGCGUCAGCUGAACGAGACGGAAGAGGAGGCGAGCCGGAGGGAGGCGCAGUACCGCCACACCCAGAGAGAGCUGGCCGAGGAGAGGGAGACGAGCAGCCGGCUGCAGAGGCAGCUGCUGGACCAACACCUGCAGACAAAGCGCAAAGAGACUCUGACGAUUCGUCAGACUCUGGACAACCUGAGGUUGGACCUGAGCGUUGACGACGACGAAGACGACAAUCAGCUGCCGCCACAGCAGCAGCAGCAGCAGCAGCAGGAAACGAUCACCAAAGUCUGAACCCUCUCACCACCCACACAUUCUCUCAUCACAAAACAUAAAACAGGUCACAUCUUUACACAAGCGCAGUCAGCCUGUCUUGACAUUGGACAUUUGUUUAAACCUGCCAGCACCACUUUACUUUAUGACAGUGAUAAGCAGGAGGUAUCUGCAGGCUGCACAAGACAAAGUCCAUUCAAAAAGACUAUUGGGGAAAAAACAAUGUGUUGUUUGAUUUUUAGUCUCUCGAUGAGAAAAUAAAUCAACUUUUCUGGGGGAAAAAAAGAACCUACAUGUGACCACACAAAAGUCUGCCAGGAACUUUUCCUUCAUCACUGAUAUAGAAAAUAAUUAUUAUGCAUUUAAUUAUGGACACUAUUGCAUGCGUUUUAGUUUACCCAUGCACAUGAGUAAAAUACUCACAAACGUAGCAAGUCUUCAAGUUGAACUCACUUGAUUUUCCUCUGUGAUUUGUAUUAAACUAUAAAGUUCUUUCUCUCAAGAAAUUGUUAUGAAUUUACAGACAUUACCUAAUCAGCAGGAAUAACGAGCGUCAUCAUGUUACAUAAUGUAAUUUAAUGUAAUAUAAAGGAUAAGCAGUUAUAAAUAAAUGAAUUAAAGAAUCACAAAGAGCAGGGAUGUAGAGAGGAGCUCCUGGUGGACUCAUAGCCUUCAACAAUGGAGUCAAAUUCACCUUUUCUCCUUUUCUAUUACAUAGACUAUUAAAUAAAAUCAUGUUCUGCUUCUUUGCCAAAGAUAAACAUGUAUAGGAGCAUGGUGCAGACAUACAUGGAGGGAAAACUUGCUGGUGACAAUAAUGACAUUAUAAGGAUUUCAUUAGGGUGCCUUGUAGCUUUUAAUCUGUUCUUGUAGUUGUUACAACAGCUGCAAAUGACAUUCUAGAGUGUGACUUUUAUACAUAAUCCAGGUGAACGGACACUUUGAACUCUGACAGACUUCAGUUUGAUGUCACUCGUUGUGGGAUCUUCAUCUUUUUUUCAGUUUUUAGAAAAGAAACUCAAAGAAUCAGUUCUUCCUCGUUAAUCAGUCAAACAUUUCUGAUUUUGCAGCAUUUGUUAUCGUUUGGUGGUCUUUCAUAAGGAGGGAUUUUCCAUGUUAGAAGUGUUCAGCUUAAACAUGUAACGCAUUCAUCUACAGUAUUUAAACAUAUCCUGCUGGUUGCUCACAUAUUACAAGGUAAUGACACACAACAUGGUCUAACUGUGGAGGAGGGCUCUUUGGAUGAGAUGUUUAUGAUUCAUACACACAAAAUAAGAUUAUUUAUAUUGAACACUUUUUGUGUUUGUGAUGUUUUUUAUGAUUUGAAGAUUAUUGAAUUCAUGUUUUUUGCAAUUGCUUGUGGGACAAAAAGUGAUUUUAGAUGAAAUGUUAUAUUUUAGAGUUUAGUUUUUUGAGGGGGUUUGCUGCUGUGGUAUUGAUUAUUGAUUAUGUAUUGUAUUGAACUUACUGUGCCUCCCACAUGCAGCAUCUGUUCAUGAGAAGGAACAGCAAAGAACAGAACACACAAAACACACUUCCCAUUAAUCUACAUUUUUUUAAACAGUUUUUUGUUCAAAUUUGUUUAAACCAGACCAAAAAUAAAUAAAUACAAUUUUAAUUUUUUUUUGUAAUUUUAUUUUAAUAUCUGAGACGUUUUAGCUCUCAGAAGUAAAGAUAAAUCUUAAAAUACAGUUUGGCUCACAGAUGUGAAGUGUGGACGAGGCAAAAAAACAGUUUAUAUGCUACGUUGUUUUUCUGUACCACUUGUUUAAUGUUCUGUAUGCUCUUAUUUUGGAGGAAAUCAUUUUUUCUGUGCGCAGACAGAAACAAACAGGGUUAGGUUUGUUAAAUUCAAAUAAUCAAUUCAAUGGUUUCAUUCAUCAAGUGCUGACAAAAUGUUAAUUGAUACUUUAAUUUGAAAGAAAACUAAUUUCCUCCUUCUGAUGGAGUUGUGAGUAAAGUGAACUCAGCCAUGUUUUAACACUCCCCUGACAUCUGUCAUUAAAACAUGAAGCUAAUAUUCAGAUACAGUUUGGAUUUUCUGUUAUGUUUACAUUUGUUGAGUAUUUUUUUUUCUUCUUUUAUUUUUGGAAACAGGAUCAUCAAUCACAGGUUUUGUCAAUGAAAAGAGUUUCUGCUGUUGGACACUGUUUUUGGCUCAUCUUUUCUCACGACAGAAAGUGAGCUUGACUGCAGAUAUAUAAAAAGUAUACGAAUACACUGACUUAUUUUCAUAAUUACACCACAUAUUCUACUGGUACUGCUGUUCUCGGGUAUUUAUUUUUGUUUUUCACAUGCUCUCUUUUGGUGAGAAGUUUCAAUAAAUUCUUCUCUACUGUGAAUUCUGGG